AUGGGGCGGGACCUGGCCUUGACUCUGGAGCAGCAGAUAGUGGACCAUGAGCUUCUUCUGCAAGAUGAGGUAAGGUCAGGAGAAACAGCAAGUUCUGGCCAAGCGCUCACCAUUCUGCAGAAUAAGGACCAGAACUUUACAGAGGUAAACUGUGUCUGUUCUUUUACUAUUACAGCAGUUCAUCGUGGCCCUGUUGUUCGCCUCCUUCACCAAAGCUCUGUCAGGGACCUACAUGAAGAGUGCCAUCACUCAGAGAAACACUUUGACCUGUCCAGCUCUCUCAUCGGACUCAUAGACGGCAGCUUUGAGAUGGGUAACCUGCUGUUCCUGGCUGUGGUCAGCCAUUUGGGGGCGAAGCUGCACCGGCCCAGGCUCAUUGCUAUGGGCUGUUUCCUCAUGGCUGUAGGAUCCUUCCUCACAGGCCUGCCACACUUCUUCAUGGGACGCUCCGGUGUCCGGGGCGUCCACCUCUACCACAAAGGGACGAGUAGGAUCAGGAUGAACGAGGAUGGGUUCGGAGGAGAAACGUCCCUUGAGCUCUAUGAAUGCCCUGUCAGCCUCGGGAUUCCUGCAAAAACCUGCUUGAGUGAGGUGGGACAGGGCCGUAAAUGUUCCGGAGGGGGUUUUGGAGAAGAUCGGGAUGUCGUCGAGGUGAACAAAGACGAACCGGUUCAACAUAUCCCUAAGAGUAUCAUUGAUCAAUGCCUGAAAGACUGCUGAUUUUAAGCGUUGCGGAGGUCCAGUUUGGUGAAGAAUUGGAUUCUUAGUGCCAACUCCGAGGCGGCGGACAUCGGGUUUGUUGAACAUGAGUGGAAAUGAAACUCCAGCACACUAGUAGCACUAAAGAUGUGUGAGUAUAACUUUCCAGGUGAGUUGAACCUGCCUGUGGGUGCAGUGGGGAUAUUCCUGGGAGGUCUACUGAUGAAGAGGUAUAAGCUUGGCAUUGUGUCUGGAUCCCAGAUGUCUUUCGUCAUCUCCUUCAUGGCCUACCUCCUCCUCCCUCUGCAGUCUGGCACUAAGUGUGACAACGUUCAGGUGGCUGGUCUGACCCUGUCCUAUAACGGGUAAAUAUGACAUCUGAUUGGUUGGUUGGUGGGUUGAUAAAAACAAAAGUUUUGAUCAGUGGAAUA